GCCUGGGAAUGCAGCUGGGCAGUCUCUGCACGUGAAAUCCAUGAGCAGUAACCACCCACCCGGGCGGGGGUGGCUUUCUGCAGACUGCGCUCCUCGUUAGUUAUUACCAGGCCACCCUUCGGAGAGCACCGCGCGGCGGGAGGUGAUGAGAUGGCAAUAAAGAAAUUGAAGAAGUUUACUGACUUGGAGCUAAUGCUCAGUGUCCUUCUGCUGCUGGUAUUCCUCAUCACUAUUCCUCUAUUUGUGUUAUCAGCUAGAGAUUCUUUGGAAUCAAAAGAUUCCGGGACAAGUGACACCACUGAUUCUGCUAACUGCCCAGUGGUAAAUGAACUGGAACGGAUAAAUUGCAUCCCUGACCAGCCACCAACAAAGGCCACAUGUGACCAGCGCGGCUGCUGCUGGAAUCCUCAGGGAACCAUCAGUGUGCCCUGGUGCUUCUAUUCUGAGAGUCAUGGUUAUCAAAUGGAGAGUGACCUUGUAAACACCAAUACAGGAUUCACAGCCCAGUUGAAAAGGUUGCCUUCUCCAUCCCGGUUUGGAAAUGAUGUCAACAAUGUCGUCCUCACAGCAGAGUACCAGACAGCUAAUCGUUUCCACUUCAAGUUAACUGACCGGAACAAGGACAGGUAUGAAGUGCCUCAUGAACACGUGCAACCCUUCAAAGGGAAUGCUGCUUCUCCCCUGACCUAUGUGGCUGAGGUUUCCAAGCGGCCAUUUGGCAUCAAAGUGGUCAGAAGAAGCAACAGUCGUGUGCUGUUUGACUCAAGCAUUGGGCCCCUCAUCUUGGCUGAGCAGUUCUUGCAGCUCUCCAUCCGACUGCCUAGUGCGAACGUGUACGGUCUGGGAGAACAUGUGCACCAGCAGUACCGGCAUGAUAUGAACUGGAAGACUUGGCCCAUAUUUACCAGGGACACGACCCCCAAUGGGGAUGGAACGAACUUGUAUGGCGCUCAGACAUUCUUCCUGUGUCUUGAAGAUACAAGUGGAUUGUCCUUUGGGGUGUUUCUGAUGAACAGCAAUGCCAUGGAGGUUGCCCUCCAGCCCACCCCAGCUGUCACCUACCGCACCACUGGGGGUGUUCUCGACUUCUAUGUGUUCUUAGGAAACACUCCAGAGCAAGUUGUUCAAGAAUAUCUAGAGCUCAUUGGACGGCCAGCCCUGCCCUCGUACUGGGCGCUCGGCUUUCAUCUCAGUCGUUAUGAUUAUGGAUCCCUGGAGAACAUGAGAGGAGUCGUGGAGAGAAAUCGUGCAGCCCAGCUCCCUUACGAUGUGCAGCACGCUGAUAUUGAUUAUAUGGAUGAGAGGAAGGACUUCACUUAUGACCCAGUGCAUUUUAAAGGCUUCCCUGAGUUCGCCAGGGAGCUGCACAAUAAUAGACAGAGACUGGUCCUCAUUGUGGAUCCAGCUAUCUCCAAUAACUCUUCCUCAAGUAAGCCCUAUGGCCCAUAUGACCGGGGUUCCACUAUGAAGAUAUGGGUGAAUGCUGCAGAUGGAGUGACCCCAGUCACUGGGGAGGUCUGGCCUGGAAGAACUGUGUUUCCAGAUUAUACCAACCCCCAGUGUGCUGACUGGUGGGCAAUGGAAUUUGAACUUUUCCAUAAUCAAGUGGACUUUGAUGGAAUCUGGAUUGACAUGAAUGAGGUUGCCAACUUCGUUGAUGGUUCGGUUUCAGGAUGUUCCACAAGCAGUCUCAAUUUCCCCCCGUUCACUCCCAGAGUCUUGGAUGGGUACUUGUUCAGCAAGAGUCUCUGCAUGGAUACAGUGCAGCACUGGGGAAAGCACUAUGACGUGCACAAUCUGUAUGGCUACUCCAUGGCGAUUGCCACAGCCCAAGCUGUCAAGACUGUGUUCCCUAACAAGAGAAGCUUCAUCGUAACCCGUUCUACCUUUGCGGGAUCUGGCAAGUUUGCAGCCCAUUGGUUAGGAGACAAUGCAGCCACCUGGGACGACCUCCGAUGGUCCAUUCCUGGCAUGCUGGAGUUCAACCUUUUUGGUAUCCCAAUGGUGGGUGCUGACAUAUGUGGCUUUGCACUGGACUCCCCUGAGGAGCUCUGCAGGCGGUGGAUGCAGCUGGGAGCAUUUUAUCCAUAUUCCAGGAAUCACAAUGGCCAAGGCUACAAGGCCCAGGACCCUGCCUCCUUCGGAGCUGACUCUCCGCUGUUGAAUUCCUCCAGGCACUACCUCACCAUCCGCUAUACUCUAUUACCUUACCUCUACACCCUCUUCUACCGUGCUCACAGCCGGGGGGACACGGUGGCCAGGCCCCUUCUGCAUGAGUUCUAUAACGACAACAGCACGUGGGAUGUGUACCGGCAGUUUUUAUGGGGGCCCGGCCUCCUCAUCACUCCAGUUCUGAAUGAGGGUGCUGAGAGGGUGAUGGCUUAUAUGCCUGACGCGGUCUGGUAUGAUUAUGAGACGGGCGGCCAAGUGAGAUGGAGGAAGCAGGAAGUGGAGAUGGAACUUCCUGGAGACAAAAUUGGACUUCACCUUCGAGGAGGCUACAUCUUCCCUACCCAACAGCCGGCCACAACCACCGCGGCUAGUCGACAGAACCCUCUCAGUCUUAUCAUUGCCCUGGAUGAUAACAAAGAAGCAAAAGGCGAACUUUUCUGGGAUGACGGGGAAACACAAGAUACUGUGGCCAAUAAAGUUUAUCUCUUAUGUGAGUUUUCUGUCUCCCAAAACCGCUUGGAUGUGAAGAUUUUGCAAUCAACCUACAAAGAUCCCAAUAAUUUAGUAUUUAAAGAGAUUAAAAUCCUGGGUACACAGGAACCCCACAGCAUUACAGUGAAACACAAUGGCGUCCCGAGUCAGAUCUCUCCUAAUGUCAUUUAUGAUCCUAACCUACAGGUUGCCCUUAUCACGGAUAUUAAUCUUGUCCUGGGAGAAGCCUACACGGUGGAGUGGGGCCUGAAGAUAAGCGAUGCAGAAAAAAUAGACUGCUAUCCUGAUGAGGAUGGUGCUUCUGAAAAAAACUGCAGCGCCCGUGGCUGUGCCUGGGAGGCGUCCAGUUCUCCUGGAGUCCCUUUUUGUUAUUUCGUCAACGAUCUGUACUCUGUCAGUGAUGUUCAGUAUGACUCUCAUGGGGCCACAGCUGUCAUCACCUCAAAGUCUUCCCUUUAUGCUUUUCCCUCAACACCCGUGAACUCCCUCCAGCUGAAGGUGACCUACCAUAAGAACGCCAUGCUGCAGUUUAAGAUUUAUGAUCCAAAUAGCAAUCGGUAUGAAGUCCCAGUCCCUCUCAACAUACCCGUGGUUCCAUCCAGCACCUCUGAGAGUCAACUUUAUGAUGUCCUCAUUAAGAGUAAUCCAUUUGGGAUUGAAAUUCGUCGGAAGAGUACAAACACUGUAAUCUGGGACUCUCAGCUCCUCGGCUUCACCUUCAAUGACAUGUUCAUCCGCAUCUCCACUCGCCUUCCCUCCCAGUACAUCUAUGGCUUUGGGGAGACCGAGCACACAGCCUUUCGAAGAGACUUGAACUGGCACACGUGGGGCAUGUUUUCCCGAGACCAGCCACCAGGGUACAAGAAGAACUCCUAUGGCGUCCACCCCUACUACAUGGGCCUGGAGGAGGACGGCAGUGCCCACGGAGUGCUCCUGCUGAACAGCAAUGCCAUGGAUGUGACGUUCCAGCCCCUGCCUGCACUGACAUACCGCACCAUAGGAGGAAUUCUGGACUUUUAUGUGUUCUUGGGGCCAACUCCAGAGCUUGUCACUCAGCAGUACACAGAGUUGAUUGGUCGGCCAGCGAUGGUUCCUUACUGGGCCUUGGGGUUUCAUCUGUGUCGCUAUGGAUACCAGAACGACUCCGAGAUUGCCAGCUUGUACGAGGAGAUGGUGGCUGCCCAGGUUCCUUAUGAUGUGCAGUACUCAGACAUCGACUACAUGGAGCGGCAGCUGGACUUCACCCUCAACCCCAGGUUUGCUGGAUUUCCAGCUCUGAUCACUCGCAUGAAGGCAGACGGGAUGCGGGUCGUCCUCAUUCUGGACCCAGCCAUUUCUGGCAAUGAAACAAAGCCCUAUCCUGCAUUCACUCGGGGUGUGGAGGAUGACGUCUUCAUCAAAGACCCAAAUGGGGGAGGCAUUGUCUGGGGAAAGGUCUGGCCUGAUUUUCCUAAUGUCGUUAUAAAUGCAUCUCUAGACUGGGAAAGUCAAGUGGAGCAAUACAGAGCUUAUGUGGCCUUACCAGACUUUUUCCGUAAUUCAACUGCCACAUGGUGGAAGAGGGAGUUGAAGGAACUAUACACCAAUCCACGAAAUCCAGAGAAGAGCUUGAAGUUCGAUGGCAUAUGGAUUGAUAUGAAUGAACCAGCGAGCUUUGUGAAUGGGGCAGUUCCUCCAGGCUGCAGGAGUUCCUUUCUGAAUCACCCUCCCUAUAUGCCGCAUUUGGAAUCCAGGGACAGGGGCCUGAGCAGCAAGACCCUGUGCAUGGAGAGUCAGCAGGUCCUGCCAGACGGCUCCCUGGUGCGGCACUACGACGUGCACAACCUGUACGGCUGGUCCCAGACCAGACCCACAUACGAAGCUGUGCAGGAGGUGACAGGCCAGCGAGGGAUCGUCAUCACGCGCUCCACAUUCCCCUCUUCUGGCCGCUGGGCUGGACACUGGCUGGGAGACAACACGGCCGCCUGGGACCAGCUGAAGAAAUCCGUCAUCGGCAUGAUGGAGUUCAGCCUCUUUGGCAUAUCCUAUACGGGAGCAGAUAUUUGUGGGUUCUUUCAAGAUGCUGAAUAUGAGAUGUGUGCUCGCUGGAUGCAACUGGGGGCCUUUUACCCCUUCUCAAGGAACCACAACACCAUCGGGACUAGGAGGCAAGACCCCGUGUCCUGGGACGCUGCCUUUGUGAAUAUCUCCAGGCGUGUCCUGCAGACCAGAUACACCCUGUUGCCGUAUCUCUACACGCUGAUGCACGUGGCCCACACGGAGGGCAGCACUGUCGUGAGGCCUCUUCUCCAUGAGUUUGUGUCGGACCGGGUGACCUGGGAUGUAGACAGUCAGUUCCUGCUGGGCCCAGCCUUCCUGGUCAGCCCUGUCCUGGUGCCUAAAGCCAGAAAUGUCACUGCAUAUUUCCCUAGAGCCCGCUGGUAUGAUUACUACACGGGUGUGGACAUUAAAGCGAGAGGAGAGUGGAAAGCCUUGGCAGCCCCUCUUGACUACAUUAAUCUUCAUGUCCGAGGGGGCUACAUCCUGCCCUGGCAGGAGCCUGCACAGAACACCCACUUAAGCCGUCAGAAAUUCAUAGGCUUCAAGGUGGCCUUGGAUGACGAGGGGACUGCUGAAGGCUGGCUUUUCUGGGAUGAUGGGCAAAGUAUUGAUACCUACGAAAAAGGAGCCUAUUACCUUGCCAACUUUUCUGCCAGCCAGAAUACGAUGCAGAGUCAUAUAAUUUCCAACAAAUAUAUCACUGAUGAAAACCCUUUGAAACUGGGCUACCUGGAGAUCUGGGGAGUGGGCAGUGUCCCUAUUUCCAGUGUCAGCAUCUCUGCAAACAGCGUGGUUAUAACACCACCCUUCACCUACAGCUCUGCAACACAGGUGUUAAACAUCGAUGUGACCAGCAGAAACAUCAGCCUGCAUAAUUUCAUUUCUUUGACAUGGAGAAGCACUCUAACCACUGAGAGACAGACACAGCAAGUAAAAAGAUGCGACUCUAAGAUGGCGAGUAAGCUCACUGUAUUGGAAAUCCUUUUGUUCAUCUUCUUCCUGAUUGUGUUGACCAUAGACAUCUUCUUGCUGCUGCUUGUGUUGGAAACUCCUCCAGGUACUUCAUUUAUUCCAGAGUGCCCGCAGAUCCCCGAAUCUGAAAGGAUAGACUGCACACCUGGCAAGGUGGUGACAGAGGAGGUCUGCUCAUGGCGAUAUAAAUGCUGCUGGAAGGUUGCGACAGAUACUCAUGUUCCCAGAUGUUUCUUCCCUAAGAACUGGGGCUAUGAAAUCAGCAAUGACCCUAAAAAUACAAGCACAGGGUUUACUGCCCAGUUGAAAAGGUUGCCGUCUCCAUCUUUGUUUGGAUAUGAUGUCAUCAACACCCUCUUCACAGCUGAAUAUCAGACAUCCAGUCGUUUUCAUUUUAAGAUCACUGAUGCCAAUAACAUGCGCUAUGAAGUCCCCCAUGAAAAUAUUAACUCACUUAACAGGACUGCUAAUACCUUCAAUUUGGGCUAUAACAUAGAAGUCGUUCAUAAACCCUUCAGCAUCAAAAUAAUGAGGACGAGCAACAAAAGAGUCUUGUUGGACACGAGCAUCGGGCCCCUGCAGUUCGCCCAGCAGUUCCUGCAGCUGUCUCUCCGGCUGCCCAGCACCAAUGUGUAUGGGCUAGGAGAGCAUGUGCACCAGCGGUACCGCCACAACAUGACCUGGAAGACCUGGCCCAUCUUCACCCGGGACGCCAGGCCCACUGAGGGCAUGAUUAAUCUCUAUGGAGCUCAUACAUUCUUCUUGUGCCUUGAAGACACCAGUGGCUUCUCUUUUGGGGUUUUUCUGAUGAACAGCAAUGCCAUGGAAGUCACCCUUCAGCCUGCCCCUGCAAUCACUUACCGCACAAUUGGGGGCAUUCUUGACUUUUAUGUGUUCCUGGGAAAUACUCCAGAACAAGUGGUUAAGGAGUACCUGGAGCUCGUUGGACGACCAUUCUUGCCUCCAUACUGGAGUCUUGGGUUCCAGCUUAGCCGCAGGAACUAUAAUAACAUUGAUGGGUUGAAAAAGGUUGUAAGCCGAACUCGUGAAGCUAGGAUCCCAUAUGAUGUCCAGUACUCCGACAUAGACUACAUGAAUGAAAUGAAGGACUUCACCAUUGAUGGAGUGGCUUUCCCCAAUCUCUCAGAUUUUGUCCAGGAGUUACACAACUAUGGACUGAAAUAUGUAAUUAUUAUGAAUCCUGGCAUCUCCAAUGGUCCUGACUACGAGCCGUAUAAGAAUGGAAGUGAAAAGAGAGUAUGGGUCAUGGGAAGCAAUGGUUUUGUCAUUGGAAUGGGAUACCCUGGACGGACAGUCUUCCCUGAUUACAGUAAUCCAGUUUGUACAGAGUGGUGGACCGAGCAGGUCGCCGAGUUUAAUAAAAUUCUGCCGUUUGAUGGAGUAUGGAUUGGAAUGGACGAAGUGUCCAGCUGUCUCCAGGGCUCAGAUCAUGAGUGUGAACUGAACAACUGGAACUUUCCCCCUUUUACUCCUCGAGUCCUGGAUGGCUCACUUAUUGCAAGAACCCUCUGCAUGGAUGCAGAGUUUCAGUGGGGCCUUCACUAUGACGUCCACAGCUUGUACGGCUACUCCAUGGCAAGAGCCACAGACACGGCCCUGAGUAGUAUCUUCCCUGGUACUAGGAACUUCAUUUUAUCCCGUUCUACUUUUGCUGGAUCUGGCAAAUUUGCUGCUCAUUGGCUGGGGGACAAUGCGGCCACGUGGGAUGACCUCCGAUGGUCCAUCCCGAGCAUCCUUGAGUUCAACCUAUUUGGCAUCCCCAUGGUAGGUGCCAACAUUUGUGGUUAUACAAAAGAUGUCACGGAGGAGCUCUGUACACGAUGGAUGCAACUGGGAGCAUUUUACCCGCUAUCAAGGAAUCACAAUGGGCCAGGAUACAGGGAUCAGGAUCCUGCUGCCUUUGGUGAAAACUCUCAGGUGCUGAAUUCCUCCAGACAUUACCUGAACAUCCGCUACACCCUGCUGCCCUAUCUCUACACCCUUUUCUACCGUGCUCAUACCCUGGGGGAGACUGUGGCGAGGCCCCUUGUCCAUGAGUUCUACCAGGACCCAGCCACCUGGGAGGUGCACGAGCAGUUCUUAUGGGGGCCUGGACUCCUCAUCACACCUGUUUUGUAUGAGGGUGUGAGCCAGGUGACUGCGUACAUACCUGACGCCAUCUGGUACGACUAUGAGACGGGGGCGGCCAUUCCCUGGAGGAAACAAUUGGUGGAGAUGCUACUGCCGGAUUAUAAGAUGGGACUUCACCUUCGAGGGGGAUACGUAUUUCCCACCCAGAAGCCGAGCACAACCACGGAGGCCAGCAGAAAGAAUUCCCUGGGACUCAUUGUUGCCUUGGACUAUAAGAGAGAAGCAAAGGGGGAGCUGUAUUGGGACGACGGUGUAUCUAAAGAUGCUGUAACUAAUAAGAGCUAUAUUCUGUACGAGUUUUCUGUCGCCUCUAACCGUCUACAGGCAAACCGUCUAAAUACAGAUGGUGGUUAUAAAGGCCCUGGUGACCUCAUGUUUACAGAUAUCAUAAUCUUGGGAAUGGACAAGCAGCCUGAUACUUUGACUGUCUUACAAAGUAAUGGUCAUACCUCCACUUUAAACUUUACCUACAGCAAUUCAAUAAAGGUUUUGAACAUCACUGAUAUCAAGGGACUGGUACUGGGACAAGAAUUCUCCAUUGAGUGGACGCUUCCUGUCAAAGAUGAGGAAAAGUUCAACUGCUACCCUGAGGAUCCCAGGGCCUCCCAGAAGGGCUGUGAGCAGCGGGGCUGCCUGUGGGAGCAAACAACUGUUCCUGGCGUGCCCUCCUGUUACUAUGACACCAUCCCGAACUAUGUGACCAGUAACAUUCAGUACCUACCCACGGGCAUCACCGCCGACCUCACCCACGUGCUGGCCCCUGAAGCUGCCUGGGCAGCACCACUGCCGCCCUCACAGGGCGCACCACCCCUACCUGCCGCAGCCAAGGCGGCCUCGGACCCUCUCUCUGCAAAGAUCAGCUUCCUCAGCCUGAAUGUGACUUACCACACAGAGAGCAUGCUGCAGUUCAAGAUCUAUGAUUCUGCUACUAAAAGGUACGAAGUCCCAGUGCCUCUGAACACCCCUUCCUCUCCAUCCGGCUCCCCUGAAAACCGACUGUAUGAUGUCAGCCUUCAGACUAAUCCUUUUGGGAUCCAGAUUCGACGGAAGAGCUCCAACGCUGUGGUGUGGGACUCUCAGCUCCCUGGCUUCACCUUCAAUGACAUGUUCCUUUCCAUUUCCACUCGCCUCCCCUCUGCUUACAUCUAUGGCUUUGGGGAAACUGAGCACACAACUUUCAGAAGAAACAUAAGCUGGUACACAUGGGGAAUGUUUGCACGUGAUGAGCCACCAGCGUACAUGAAGAACUCCUAUGGCGUCCACCCCUACUACAUGGGCCUGGAGGAGGAUGGCAGUGCCCAUGGAGUGCUCCUGCUGAACAGCAAUGCCAUGGAUGUGACAUUCCAGCCCACUCCUGCCUUGACAUACCGCACCACAGGAGGGGUUCUGGACUUUUAUAUGGUUUUGGGACCAACCCCUGAGCUUGUGACUCAGCAAUACACCAAGUUGAUUGGUCGGCCAGCAAUGACUCCAUACUGGGCCUUGGGAUUCCAGCUAAGUCGCUAUGGAUACCAGAGUGACACCGAGAUCUCCAAUUUGUAUGAUGCAAUGAUAGCAGCCCAGAUUCCCUAUGAUGUCCAGCACGUAGACAUCGAUUACAUGGACCGAAAGCUGGACUUCACCCUCAGCCCCAGCUUUCAGAACCUCGGUCUCCUGAUUGAGCAAAUGAAGAAAAAUGGCAUGAGAUUUAUGCUCAUUCUGGAUCCGGCCAUUUCAGGCAAUGAGACCCAGUAUCUCACAUUCACCAGAGGGCAGGAAAACAACGUGUUCAUCAAAUGGCCUGACAGCAAUGAUAUUGUCUGGGGAAAGGUUUGGCCAGAUCUGCCCAAUGUGAACGUGGAUGGAUCCCUUGACCAUGAAACCCAGGUUAAGCUGUACAAAGCCCAUGUUGCUUUUCCUGACUUCUUGCGUGAUAGCACAGCUGCGUGGUGGAAGAAGGAAAUUGAAGAGCUGUACAGAAACCCUCGAGAGCCAGAGAAGAGCUUGCAGUUUGAUGGGUUGUGGAUUGAUAUGAAUGAGCCAUCAAACUUUGUGAAUGGAUCCGUCAGGGGCUGCAGUGAUGAAAUUCUUAAUAAUCCACCCUAUAUGCCAUGCUUGGAGUCCAGAGACACGGGCCUGAGCAGCAAGACCCUGUGCAUGGAGAGUCAGCAGGUCCUGCCAGAUGGCUCCCUGGUGCGGCACUACGACGUGCACAGCCUGUACGGAUGGUCCCAGACCAGACCCACAUACGAAGCUAUACAAGAGGUGACAGGCCAGCGAGGGAUCGUCAUCACCCGCUCCACAUUCCCCUCUUCUGGCCGCUGGGGAGGACACUGGCUGGGAGACAACACAGCUGCGUGGGACCAGCUGAGAAAGUCUAUCAUUGGCAUGAUGGAGUUCAGUCUCUUUGGAAUAUCUUAUACAGGAGCAGAUAUUUGUGGGUUCUUUGGAGAUGCUGAAUAUGAGAUGUGCAUUCGGUGGAUGCAACUGGGGGCCUUUUAUCCAUUUUCCAGAAACCACAACACCAUUGGGACCAGGAGACAAGAUCCUGUGGCCUGGAAUUCAACCUUCGAGACGAUCUCAAGGAGAGUCCUCCAAACCAGAUACACGCUGCUACCUUACCUCUACACGCUGAUGCACAAAGCUCACGUGGAGGGCAGCACUGUCGUGCGCCCCCUUCUCCAUGAGUUUACAGAUGAUCGCACAACAUGGGAUAUAGACCGUCAGUUCAUGUUGGGCCCUGCCGUCUUAAUCAGUCCCGUGCUGGAAAGUAGCACUUCUGAGGUCCAUGCUUAUUUUCCCAGAGGGCGUUGGUAUGACUAUAGCAUGGAAUCUGUCAAUACAUCGACAGGUGAGUGGAAAACCCUGCAGGCUCCCCUUGACCACAUCAACCUUCAUAUCAGAGGAGGCUACAUCCUGCCUUGCCAAGAGCCUGCAAUGAACACUCACGCCAGCCGACAAAAUUUUAUGGGAUUGAUUGUUGCUUUGGAUGACAAUGGAAAAGCUGAAGGUCAGAUAUUCUGGGAUGAUGGACAAAGCAUUGAUACCUAUGAAAAUGGGAACUAUUUUUUGGGAAACUUUACAGCAGCUCAGAACAGUUUGAAAAUCCAGACCAUCCACAAUAAGUAUUUGAGUGACUCAAGUCCACUGAAAGUUGGAUAUAUUAAAAUCUGGGGAAUAGGUUCUGCCUUUGUGACAGAAGUCACUUUCACCUAUGACAGAGAGCAAUUCCCGGAGACAAAUUUUAUGAGUGACCCUUACAAACAGACACUAACUGUACAAUUGACUGGCAAGAUUUUCAGCCUGGAAAAGUUAACUGAGGUUACUUGGAUUCAUGGUAGCCCUAUAAUUUCUACAACACCUAUGACAAGUACCUUCCCAAUGAGUUCUCCACAUCCUUCUACAUAUACUACUAAUGCUACCACUUCUGAGAUUAUCUCUAGUUCUACUAGUACAAGUACUAUUACUACUGUCACUCGUGCAACUCUUCCUGGCACAACCACCUUUGUCCCAACAGACACUACUGAACUUACAACCAGUAUUACUCCUCUCGAUACCACUACACCUUCCCCCACAAGUACUAUUACCAGUAUCACUAGUGCAACUCUUCCUGGCACAGCCACCUUUGUCCCAACAGAUACUACUGAACUUACAACCAGUAUUACUCCUCUCGAUACCACUACAUCUUCCCCCACAAGUACUAUUACCAGUAUCACUAGUGCAACUCUUCCUGGCACAGCCACCUUUGUCCCAACAGAUACUACUGAACUUACAACCAGUAUUACUCCUCUCGAUACCACUACACCUUCCCCCACAAGUACUAUUACCAGUAUCACUAGUGCAACUCUUCCUGGCACAGCCACCUUUGUCCCAACAGACACUACUGAACUUACAACUAGUACCACUCCUCUCGAUACCACUACACCUUCCCCUACAAGUACUAUUACCAGUAUCACUAGUGCAACUCUUCCUGGCACAACCACCUUUGUCCCAACAGAUACUACUGAACUUACAACUAGUAUUACUCCUCUUGAUACCACUACACCUUCCCCCACAAGUUCUAUUACUACUGUCACUAGUGCAACUCUUCCUGGCACAACCACCUUUGUCCCAACAGAUACUACUGAACUUACAACUAGUAUUACUCCUCUUGAUACCACUACACCUUCCCCCACAAGUUCUAUUACUACUGUCACUAGUGCAACUCUUCCUGGCACAACCACCUUUGUCCCAACAGAUACUACUGAACUUACAACCAGUACUACUCCUCUCGAUACCACUACACCUUCCCCCACAAGUUCUAUUACUACUGUCACUAGUGCAACUCUUCCUGGCACAACCACCUUUGUCCCAACAGAUACUACUGAACUUACAACUAGUAUUACUCCUCUUGAUACCACUACACCUUCCCCCACAAGUUCUAUUACUACUGUCACUAGUGCAACUCUUCCUGGCACAACCACCUUUGUCCCAACAGAUACUACUGAACUUACAACUAGUAUUACUCCUCUCGAUACCACUACACCUUCCCCCACAAGUACUAUUACCAGUAUCACUAGUGCAACUCUUCCUGGCACAGCCACCUUUGUCCCAACAGACACUACUGAACUUACAACUAGUACCACUCCUCUCGAUACCACUACACCUUCCCCCACAAGUACUAUUACCAGUAUCACUAGUGCAACUCUUCCUGGCACAAUCACCUUUGUCCCAACAGAUACUACUGAACUUACAACCAGUAUUACUCCUCUCGAUACCACUACACCUUCCCCCACAAGUACUAUUACCAGUAUCACUAGUGCAACUCUUCCUGGCACAGCCACCUUUGUCCCAACAGACACUACUGAACUUAUAACUAGUAGCACUGCUCCUGAUAACACUACUCCUUCCCCUACUAGCACUGGUACUACUGUUCUUAUUACCACUGCUCUUUCCUCAACAAUUAAUGCUAAUAGCACUGAUAAUACUAUUCUAAAUACAACUACUCCUUCCCCUACAAAUACUGGUGCACAUACUACUAACAGUAGUUCUCCCAUCAUAACUACUUUUUCUGAAAGUACCUAUGCUGUGGACAGUACAGUUGCUAUGGUAACCACUUUCCCUGUAAGUGCUGAUGUUGCUAGCACUAGUAAUGAUGUUCUUACUACAAAUUCUCCUUCCCCUACAAGUUUUGGUACUAAUAGUACCCGUAAUACUAUUAAUGCUAUGACUACUCCUUUUUCUACAAGCAUGAGUGCUGUUGGCACUGGUAAUACUGUUCCUAUUAUGAGUACUCUUUCUUCUCCAAGUACUGAUGCUACUAGUACAAGUAAUGUUAUUCCUGUUAUGACUACUUCUUUCCCAACUCCUCCUACCACUCCUACUCUUACUUCCACUCCUAACUCUACUAAUCCUGGUUUGAGCAGGUUUCCAAGUAAUAAUACAUUUACAACUGAUGUAACUACUAAUUUAAUGGCAUCUACUAAUGAAAACACCACUUAUUUCAAUACUCUGGAUACACAAAGGACCAUGAUAAUAGAUACUACAGUUACCAGUACCACAGAUAAAACCAGUACUGAUGUUAUAAAUGCUCCCACUGGAGACAGCCCAGCUACUGUUGAGGUCAGAAUCAAAACUGUUUCUGUGGUGAAUACUUUUUCUACCACUCCAGACACAAUUACUGCUAGUACUCAAGACUUUGCCACUCGCUCACCUACAAACACUACAGGUAUUGCAUCUUCUACAAAAGCUGGCAAUACCAACACAGCAUAUACUACCACCAUUUCUACACAUGUUUUCAGCACAAAAAAUACAAAUUCAGUGGUCUCUUCUGACACAAUCCUUACAAACACUUACAUUCCAAGUACCACAGCUAUUCCCUCCACCAAUUCUAUAAACAGUAUAGGACAUGCAGUAAAUAUUGCUGAUGCAGAUGACACCAUCAGUGGUCCAGCUAACUCUACACAUCUCUCCACUGCAAAUAUUACAAGAGCCUCAGACACCUUGACUGCUCUUCCAGAUAUAGAAACUCACCAUCUGGUAACUACAAACAGCUCUACAGCCAGUCAUGUACCUGUCACUGCAACGAAUGCUACCACAGAUAUUACCGUACAUGCUUUAAGUGCUACCACUCCUGAUAAGGCAACGAUGGAGGCUCCUGUCACCACACCUACUCACACUGCAAAUGCCAUAAAUACUACCCUUGUUCCGUGAUUACUACUCAAGGUAGGACAAUUGCUACAGACAUCUCUUUAAAACAACUAUUAAAGAUACAGAAAAUCAAUUAACAGAUGCAUGAUCUUAUGCUACAUAAGUUUUCACAAAUAUUAGCACUAGCUUUUACAGAUAUUGCUGCUCCAAGCACUGUAGACACUGCAGAUGUGUCUAAAGAUGCAUCUACUACUAACUUUAUAAGUGUAAUUAAAGAGACUGUUGGACACUUCUUUUGCAGCCAGACUAUAUAACUGCUAUUUUCGGAAUUAUAACUCCUAUAGCCCCAUCAAUUAAACUACAGAGAUUUUAUAUAUUCUUGCUACAGGCCUCACAGAUGAUUUUGGUAUCCCAGGUAACACCACAUUAGGCUCUGUAAAUACCAUUGCUUUAGAUACAGUUACUGAAAUAAACUGAUGUGUUCUUGUGGUAUAUGACACAAUAUGAUCUGAGAGUCCUGCCGGUACCUGCACUCACAUGACUGCUACAACAACAGUUACUGGUAGUACAGUGGAUUGUUUCAUUAGUAAGUCUAAAAAUCACACUUUCUUUUCCUCUGGAUUUUUCCAAAUACCGUGGCUAUCAGUACAGUAAUUUGCUAUUACAAUUACUCCAAGUAUUAUUGCUUCUAAAGAGAUCCUACCUGUAGCUAUAAAUAUGGAAAAUGCUACCAUUGUAGAUCUUGUAUAUACUUUGACUACAGGAACUGAAAUGAUUGAAUUAGGAAUAUUAUGUUACUUUUACUUCAUAGAAAAUUAAAAUAUGGUUAUAGAUGUUAAAAACAUAACUUCCCAAACUUUCCCACCAUUACUUCCUUAACCACUACUGAUAUUCUUACUGCAAGUUUGAUAAGUACUUCUGUUUAUAGGCCCUCAGUGCUCCCAGGAAAUUACAAUUAAUGUCCCCCCUGAGGUAGUCCUAGGCCCUUGCCAUUACCACUAAUGACUGGAUUCACUUCCGAGUCCCUAACCCUCUGUAGACCGGAAAUCACCCAGGCGGAGAUGAGUGUAUAAAGAUAAUGGCAUAGGCGAGGCAGCCCCUUUGCUGGGAUCAGAGUUCAUAGUCUUGUUGGCUCUGUCUCUUACCUACCAGCUUUUCCCUUCCUGUUUUACUGUCUGGACUCUCCUUCAGUGCGACAGGACUUUCAGCACAUUCUUGGUCUUUCAUAUUCAGAUUUACCAUUUAUCCUUGAUCUCUUACUUUCUUAGAUCACACAGACCCCCACGAAUGGACUCAUGAUCAUAACCAAAUGUAGCCAGUUAGGUGCUUUUGAAGAUCUACCCCUAGGACAGUAUUCUCCAAAUGUCGUUUGGGGGCCUUAUAGGAGGCCCCAAAACUUUAUGGGGUCCACAAGGUCAAAUCUAUUUUCCUAAUAGAAAUAACAACUGUGUUGUUAUUUUACUUUUUCACUCAUAUUCUAUCAUUAGUAUACAGUGGCAUUUUCCAGAAAGUCUGUGCUGUGUGGUGUUACUGUAGAUGAGUAUAGAAACAGAUAUAAGAAUCUAGCUGUCUUGUAUUAAGCCAGAUGUUAAACAGAUUUACAAAAUAAAAAGUGUCAUCCUUUUCACUAUUCCUUCUGCUUUGAAAAAUUUGUUGUUUUUCGAAAAUGUGUUAUUUAUGUUAACAUGUAAUCGAUGCAGUUAUUUUUAAUGGAUGAAAAAAUAAAUAUUUUAUAAACUAUUUUACAAA